ACAGUGGAAGGUUCUCUCCUGAUUAGUUUUUAAAGCUGGUUUCACUUGAUGAUUAGAUGUUGGUGUUUCGUACUGUCAGCCUCAUCUGGGAAGAUGGAAGAACCAACAUGAGAUUGUCCUGACUGACUUGUGAAUACCUACCUCUUCAUGGUGCAGGCUCAAGGCAUCCUGCUUCGGGACAAUGUGAGGACCAUUGGUGCCCAGGUGUAUGAGCAGGUGGUCCGAAGCGCCUAUGCCAAGAGGAACAGUAGCCUGAACGACUCAGAUUAUCCUCUGGACUUGAACCACAGUGAAGUCUUCCCCCCAACCACGACAUUUCUUCCUGAAGAUUUCACCUACUUUGCCAACCACCCUUGCCCAGAGAGGCUCCCUUCCAUGAAGGGCCCGAUAGACAUAAACAUGAGUGAGAUCAGAAUGGACGAUAUUCACGAGCUCUUCUCCAGAGACCCAGCCAUCAAGCUUGGAGGCCACUGGAAGCCUUCGGACUGUGUGCCUCGAUGGAAGGUGGCCAUCCUCAUCCCCUUCCGGAACCGUCAUGAGCACCUCCCAGUCCUCCUGCGACACCUGCUCCCAAUGCUUCAGCGCCAGCGCCUGCAGUUUGCCUUCUAUGUGGUCGAGCAAGUUGGUACCCAGCCCUUUAACCGAGCCAUGCUUUUCAAUGUCGGCUUUCAAGAAGCCAUGAAGGACUUGGAUUGGGACUGCCUGAUCUUCCAUGAUGUGGAUCACAUACCCGAGAGCGACCGCAACUACUAUGGCUGUGGACAAAUGCCCAGGCACUUUGCAACCAAACUGGACAAAUACAUGUACCUGCUUCCCUACGCAGAGUUUUUUGGUGGAGUGAGCGGCCUGACUGUAGAACAAUUUCGGAAAAUCAAUGGCUUUCCUAAUGCCUUCUGGGGCUGGGGUGGAGAAGAUGACGAUCUGUGGAACAGGGUACAGAAUGCGGGCUAUUCUGUGAGCCGGCCAGAAGGGGACACAGGAAAAUACAAGUCUAUUCCUCACCACCAUCGAGGAGAAGUCCAGUUUCUUGGAAGGUAUGCUCUGCUGAGGAAGUCUAAGGAGCGGCAAGGGCUAGACGGCCUCAACAACCUAAACUAUUUUGCAAACAUCACAUACGACGCCUUGUAUAAAAACAUAACUGUCAACUUGACACCCGAGCUGGCUCAGGUGACUGAGUACUAAGAUGUGGAGAGAAGUCGUGUCCACCUACCCACCACCCCCUCAGAAGCGCUAUGAUGCGCCGUCCUGGGGGUCAACACAGGACGAGGACAGAAAGAGAGUGGAGUGCAGGACCAUAGGGUUCCAGAAAACUGUCACAGAGCACACGCACAAAGGCCUCAGCUGUAGGCCCAAACAGGGGCAGGCGGCUUGGGGACACCUCUCAUCAGCACUGGCUUCAUUCUACAAGACAGAUGCCUGCCCUGCUGCUCUCGUCUGUCCCCACCCCAGGGCCAGGCUUGGUGCCCCUCGGAGAGAUGAAUGGCCAGACCCAGAGGCCACCAUGGCUAGCCACCCAUGGCUUGAAGCAGGAGGACUGCCACACCGUUCUCUGCAUCUCUGGUGUUCUCUUUGGUUCUCAUUUUGUUUGGUUUUGGGGAGAAUUUUUUCUUUCUUUUUUCUUUUUCUUUCUUUAUCUUUUCUAUCCUUUUUUUUUUUUAAAGAAAAUUAGCUGCAUUGGGUGGGAACUAAGGGCGGAGGGGAGGGACAUGGAGUGAUAGGCACAUAACAGUCACUUCUUGAAGAAGUGUAGUUGUAAAUAAGCCAUGUAAAAUGCCUUUUUAAAAUUUAAUUUUAUAGCUGGCUCCACUUCAGAGUGAGGGCUUCGUAUAUUAGAUCACCUUGGGUGGCAAACAUAACUGAGUUACCACAUAGUUGGAGAGUGUCAUCACCCAAAUCCCUGUCAUUUCAGAAGGGAGUAGACACGGGGCAGAACAAAGAACCUAUCACUACAGCCCCUUCACUCCUCCCUCCCCUCCAGAGACUUAACAGCUAAGCAGGGACUGCUCUUAGGGCCACAGUGCUCUCCCCUCUUACAGACCCCCUCAGUGCCAGGGUAUGUGGAGGCUGGGCGAGGCAGGGUGCAGGGCUAUCACUCCAGUGUGAAAGGCAGGGGCUGAUGAACAGGAAGUUUGAAGCCGUUGUGGGAUACAUAGCAAGUUCCAGGCCAACCUGAGCUGUGUAGCAGGAUCUGCCCCCCCCCCCCCAGGAGGGGGUGGCACUGUGCGGACCCAGCUCUCUGGACUUUGUUUUUUAUCCCUUCAACAUCUCAGAGUGCCUGUUGGGUGACGCUCCUCUUUCUUUUGAACUUGGCCAGUUUCUCAGAGCUGUGCCUGCAUGACCAGCUGGCUUCAGUGGUUGCUCCGUUUCCCUUUUUUGGUUUCUGGGAAGAUGCUGUGUUGUACUAACAAGCAAUUGAUUGGGAAGGGCUCAGUCAAGGAGUAGGUGGCACUUGGGUGCUGUGUGUCAGCUAGGAUCCAGGUGAGAUCUCACCAGAGCUUUGACAGGCAGCCAGCAGAGGUCACCCCUGCUUCCUGAUGGCAGUUCCUAAACUGCAGUCAAAAGAAUUCUUCCUUCCUGAGCCAAGGCCCCUUCCUGUGUCUGCCUUUGCUGUGGCCCUGUCCCUACAACAGGGAUCUGUGUGUGGUGAGGAGUGCUCUCUUUAGGCCUCCAACUUCUGUUCUUUGCCUUUUUUGCCUUCAGCGCCCUCGAUGUUCAUGGUUUACAUAAGUGGGUGUGGGAUGUGUAAAUAUGUGGGGUUGGGGUUUUUGCAUUGCACAAGUUGGUUCUGUGGACAUAUGAUCCCCACAGACUGUGGGAGUGAUUGGCCAGGCCUUGUUUUUUUUUUUCUUUCUUGUUUUUGUUCUUUUUGUAGAAUAGAGUGGUAUCUAGGGAACAGAUGGCAUUGCAGAAUGCUUCCCGCUCGUAUGAGAGAGCAGGUGCCUGCCCUUGAGAGCGCUGGUGAGCUGCGUCAUCUGUUUGCACUGGGCAAGGAGCUGCACGGCUGCGUUGACUUGCCUUUGUCUUACGGUACACAGCAAUAAAGAUUGUGUUGGUCCCCAGUCCAGACCCUCUGCCCUUCUCUUGUUAGUUUUGAAGUGCUGGGCAUGAAACUCAUGGCUUCAGCAUGCUAGGUGAGUGCUCUGCCACUGAGCCGUGGGCCCAGCCUUCGCUCCCCUCAUUCUUCUGUUUCUGCACUGAAGGCCAGGAACUGCUUUCAGUGUGGCAGAGCCAUGGUCCUUUAGAGGGGCUUCCAGAGAGGGACAGUGGUGCAUGCCGCAUGUGUCCCAGUUGAAGCUCUGCCUUCUCACACAUGCCACAGGGUACUGCUUUGGGCCAAAGGCUGAUACUUGAUUUAAGAAAGAAACACCGAUUUGGGGACAAAAGAAAAGGUCUUUUUACUGCUCAAAGUAGGGUCGCUUAUAUUCUUUUGCAAUCAUGUCCAAGUUUGUUUUUAGUGUGGGCUCUUAGCGGGCACUGUCGAUCAUUGUCCACUAAGUCACAUGCUGAGUGGGAAAUGUCACAGUCAGAACCAUACCACCAGGCCACAUGUUAGUUAGGUCACAGGAUGCUUAAAGAAAAUGACAGCGAGGAGCGAGUAUGACCUUGGUGUAUUUUGGCAGCUGAGAUUAUUCAGUGCUACAGACGAGUGACCCUCAAACCAGCCUUGCCCUUGACUGCCUUGUGUGUGGAAGGUUCCCCUUCACACAGGGUUUCUUUCGAGGGAGAGGGAUUUUGCAAACCUUUGAUUUUGCUGAAACAGGGACUCUUGUCAGCACCUUCCUUCCUCAGAGGCCAGUAGCGGAGCAUGUACUGACUGUACCCACACACCACUGAUGAGGCAUUGAACGCAGCUAGCUUAUUCCAUCGUUACUUCUGUUUGUUUUGAGCUUGCUCUCUGUUUAAAAGGUGCCAGGGGUACAUUUUUGCACUGAAAUCUAAAGAUGUUUUAAAAACACUUUUCACAGAAGCAGUCCUUUGUCAUUACAUUGUUCACUCAUGUGUUUGUACAUUUUUGUAUGUUAAUUUAUGAAUGAUUUUUUCAGUAAAAAUACAUAUUCAAGAACCAGA